AUGCAGUUUCACGCUCUAGCUCAUGAGCUCCGUGCUCCCAAGCAUUACUUGUACAGCGCCACUGGGCCAACACCAACAUCUGCUUUUUUCUCUUUAUUUGGGUCUUGGAAAAUGCGUCAAACGAAUAAAAAAAUGUUGAAAAAGCAUCGUCUUCCACCCAGCAGAAACCGAAGUAAGCUCGUAAUAGCAAGCUUUGAAUUAAGACGCUGCACCCGAUCGCAGUUUGAUAGAAUGGGUCUACAAAUCUUCAGAACAGUUCAAGAGGUAACACAAUGGCGCACGGGCGCUGUCGGAGACCGUCGCAAGAUAUCCAUUGGGUUUGUUCCCACAAUGGGCUGUCUCCACGCAGGACACGCUUCAUUGAUCAAGCAGUGUCGUGAGUCGAACGAUUAUGUCGUGGUGAGCAUAUUCGUGAACCCUUCGCAGUUUGCUCCCACCGAGGAUCUGGACAAGUACCCGAGAACGCUGGCAAACGACAUAGACUUGCUCAAGGAGCUCAACGUUGAUGUUCUCUUCCAGCCCUCGCCACACGAGAUGUACCCGCAGGGUAUACCCUUACACGUCUCUGAGCAGCGAGGACCCUUUGUAACCGUCCUGGGAGUGAGCGAAAUGCUCGAGGGCUCGACAAGACCCAAUUUCUUCCGUGGGGUCGCCACGGUUGUUACAAAGCUGCUGAACAUCGUCAUGCCCGACGUAGCAUACUUCGGGCAAAAGGAUAUCCAGCAGUUCAUUGUGCUGAAUGUGAUGGUCCAGGAGCUCUUUGUCAACACCAAGCUUGUGAUGAUGCCCAUUUGCAGGGAUUCCAGCGGAUUGGCCCUAAGCAGCAGAAACAAAUAUUUGUGUCAAGACUCGCUCAAGGUUGCCUCCAGCAUCUACGCAGGUUUGAGUGCAGCCACGACGCUUAUCAAGGAGCAGGAAUGUGUCGUCGAAAGAGAAACCAUCCUCACGAAAAUCGGACACAUCUGGGAACCGUACGUGCAAUCAGGAGACUUUGAAAUCGACUAUAUUUCCAUUGCCGAUAUCAAAAGUUUAGCCGAAAAGAGAGAAAUAAAGCCCCAGGAAGACGGCUUGACCGUUAUCAGUUGUGCAGUCUACGUCAGGGACAGGAAACAUCCAGAAACGCAGGUGAGACUCAUUGAUAACAUAAUACUUUGA